ACUUGGAGGGCAGGGUGGAGUCUGUUGUAUUUUUUUCGUGCACACGAAUGUCUCCAAAUUACGUUCAGAGUUUAUACCACGAGUUGCUUCCUUCUGAUUACCACUUAGGUAGAGUAAGCAUAACUGUGCCUUGCCCGAGGAAACCUUUUUAUUUUGUUUUAGAAAUCUUUAACUUUAAGUUUUUUCUUUCUUUUAACAUUAUUGUAACGUUGUUAAGAUCGGACUGUGUCUGCGAUAGUCUCUGAGGGAGCAACAGCGGAAGCAUUGAACAAGACACUAAUUUUUCACCAGAACAGAAAGCUAAAGACUUUCCCUCAAACAUUUACUAUGUCUAACUUCAAUUGGAAGCCUUUUGUGUAUGGAGGUUUGGCUUCCGUAACUGCUGAAUGUGGUACCUUCCCUAUUGACCUCACCAAGACCCGACUUCAGGUGCAAGGCCAGGUCAGUGAUGCCCAACACAAAGAGAUUCGAUACCGAGGGAUGGUUCAUGCCCUUGUCCGGAUAUACAAAGAAGAAGGAUUGAAAGCAUUAUAUUCUGGGAUUGCCCCUGCUGUGCUGCGGCAGGCUUCCUAUGGAACGAUAAAGAUUGGCACAUACCAGAGCUUCAAACGCCUGUUCGUUGACAACCCAGAAGAGGAGUCCCUGCUGAUCAACGUUCUGUGUGGAGUUCUGUCUGGAGUGAUCUCAUCUUCCAUUGCUAACCCCACGGAUGUAUUGAAAAUACGAAUGCAGGCUCAGGGACGCAUAAUGCAGGGAGGAAUGAUUGGCAAUUUCAUCGAUAUCUAUCGGCAGGAAGGAACUCGCGGCCUUUGGAAAGGGGUGUCCCUGACCGCUCAGCGAGCAGCCAUUGUGGUAGGAGUGGAGCUGCCAGUGUAUGACCUCACAAAGAAGCACCUCAUCAAGUCUGGGCACAUGGGAGACACCGUCUACACGCACUUUGUCUCAAGCUUCGUAUGUGGGUUGGCAGGAGCUCUGACUUCCAAUCCUAUUGAUGUAGUCCGGACUCGCAUGAUGAACCAGCGAAGCAUUCGGGGCGGGACCUGUGCAGGCUACAAGGGCACACUUGAUUGCUUACUGCAGACUUGGAGGACAGAAGGAUUUUUUGCACUGUACAAGGGUUUUUUUCCAAACUGGCUGAGACUUGGUCCAUGGAACAUCAUUUUCUUCCUGACAUACGAGCAGCUGAAAAAGAUUGAGGUGUAAAAACGAUGCUUUACUUGACUUGGAAGAAGGCUCAACAGAGACCAAAGCUGUAGUAGAUGUUUUAACCUGCACAUCUUCAAGGUUGAAAGGUGAUGAAUACAGAUUGCUGUCUGAAAAGAGGCCGUAACAUGCACUUGUAAUGUAACUGAAGUGGCCUUCAAUUCUAUUUAUUGCAUAGUAAGCUUUCAUUUGAUGGGGAAUGGUAAUGGUUUCCAUGUAUAUGGAGAAUAAUUGUUGUUGUUAUACCUCUUGGGUCCUAUUCACAGAUGUUUAACUCAUAAGUUAUUUUAAAGUCUAUUUUGAUUAAUGAUGUUUAAUAAUCCUAGAAUGUGUUCUAGACUGUUCUUGAGUUCCCUAAAAGCCUCCUAGAAAAGGAACCGAAAAUGUAUUUGAUUUGUCAAAAAGACUUUUAACAAAAACAGUCUUUACAUAACUGUCAUGAGGCUAAGCAAGGUGAGCUGUAUGCACUAUCUGCAUAGCAGCUGCUGUUGAAAGGUUUCAGAGUUUACUGCUCUGAACUAUGAUACAGGAAAAAUAAUGCCUUUUUCCACUUGACUGAGAGUGCUUAAUGCUUUAUAGUAUUAUGCUGUCUGUUAAUUUGGUAUUGCUACCAUGAUACAUAUUAUGAUUAAUGAAAGUUCACAAGGAUUGAAAAAGGUUUACAAAGCUUUUUUUUUUUUAAAUUUAGUCGUUGCCAAUUAGUUUUUUUUAUUCUUUUCUCCCCAAUUUGAAAUGCCCAAUUAUUUUUAGGCUCAGCUCACCACUACCACCCCGCACUGACUCGGGAGGGGCGAAGAUAAACACACGCUCUCCUCCGAAGCGUGUGCUGUCAGCCGCCCGCUUCUUUUACACUCUGCAGACUCACCGUGCAGCCACCUCAGAGCUACAGCGUCGGAGGACAACGCAGCUCUGGGCAGCUUACAGGCAAGCCCGCAGGUGCCCGGCCAGACUACAGGGGUUGCUGGUGCGCGGUGAGCCGAGGACACCCUGGCCGACCUAACCCUCCCUCCCCCCGGACAACGCUCGGCCAAUUGAGCACCGCCCCCUGGGAGCUCCCGUCCACGGUCGGCUGUGGGAUAGCCUGGACUCGAACCGGCGACGUCCAGGCUAUAGAGCGCAUCCUGCACUCUAGCGAGUGCUUUUACUGGAUGCGCCACUCGGGAGCCUUCAAAGCUUUUUUUGACUGUUUUAGGGUUAGCAGUUAAUUCAAUUUUAAACUUGAGAAUGUUUAAAGAAAACAACAACAACAAAAAAAAACAUUCUUAAAACCUUUUUUUUUCAAAUAAGGCCCUUUGCUUUUAAAUUAAGAAGAUGAUGAGCAAGUUGAAACAGACGAUUUGCUAAUUUUAUCCACAGUUCUGUUUAGUAAGUUCAGCUGUUACAGGGUUGGCUCAGGUGAGCGGUUAACCCAGACUUUAUGCCAGACUAUUAUCUUUAACCUAUUUUUUCUAAAGAAUGUAAAAAAAAAAAAAAAAAAAAUUAACCAGGUCAAAGAUAAAUCCAGAAUAGGAAGCCAGUUCAGUUCUCACUCCAUGUGGAUUUUAUUGUUCUUUGUCAUUCCAGAAUCACCCUUCUUGAUAACACUUCUGUUUCCUUGUUGUAUUUGUCAUUCCUAUCUUCCAAUGAGCGGAUUAUUGACGUCACACUUGCACUUUAUUAUAACAAUAUAUUCUCCAUAGAGAAAUCAUAAUGUAUCAGAUACAGUGGAAUCUCUUUAGUAUGACCAACAAAGGGGCCGAGUAAAUGAUUGUUACUGAGAGAUGGAUAUAUUGAGAUUUAAAGGAUCUGACCUUUCUAUACGGGGAUGGUCAUAAAGAGUUAACUAUUUAAGUAUGCAUACGCCGAGCUGAUACCAAAGAAACAUUUUGGAUGUGUUUUAUAAUUACUGUUUUUAUGAGAUAUAGAAAUACACACACUUUUAAUAUAGAUUAAAAGGCCUUUUCGUCUGAUUAAAAAGCUCUGUACCUUUUGAAUAUGAUGAUGUCAAGCGCACAAUCUUUCAAUAAUAAUUUUCCUGUUCAGUUGGACGUAAAAUAUCAAUGUUCAUCUAUUUGCACAGUUUAUUAUUUAUUGUAAAUUUAAAAUGGUGUAUAUUUGUAUGACAGCAUUUCAAUGGACACUGGCAGGAAGGAUUUUUGUAGUUUUAUGGCCAGGUGUUAAUGAGCACACAGAGUACUGAGUUUUUUUUACAAUGAAAAGUGUAUGUAGCAUUUCUUUUUGUUGUAUGUAUAAGCUUUAAACCUGUUUGGUUUUGGUGCCUGAACAACAUGUAAAAAAAAUAUUAUGCCCUAAAGAGACCAGACAUAUGAAUUUUAUUACCGGUUCACUGCCAGGGCAAUGUGCAUAGCAAACAUUUACUGCAGUACACUGUGGUAAAAGAAUAGUGUUGUAUAGCCCAAGCGUAGUGAAAGCACAUGCAAGCAUGGUGUAUAACUGGGAACUAUGGUAAAAACAAAAUUUAUAAUAAUAAAAACAUGGGUAAUCUAGUUAAAUUACAGUAAGAGCACAGUAUAAACAACCUGUAAAUAUACUAUGGUUAACUUCCUUAAGCAGUGCUCUGAUGUUAAAAAAAAAGUCUGCGUGAUGUUUGCUUGCCUGUAAGCCAUACCUGGGGAAAGUCUCCAAGCCUCCACUGUGCUUCAGUCCAACCCAGCUCUAAAGCAGGGCCUGCAGUACAAACAAGAUGUCAGAUGCAGUUGUUUUUGCUUCAGAUCUAACCUAUAGCUAGACAGGAGUCUAUAAACCAGACGGACUGUAUGAGAUCAGUGUUUCAGAUUUUAAAAUAAAUCGCAGCAAAAAAAAGCUGAAAAAAUCAAAUCACAUUUUUUUGUUUUCAAAAUGAGAGUAAAGAUCUAUUUUCUAAAGCACAAUUGAACAAAAUAUGCACAUAUUGUUAAAUAUAUUUCUUGUAUAUGCUUUUAAUGACUCCAUCACUCCACCAAUAUGCCUUGUUACCUUGUUUUAAUCAUACUGAGCCUCUUGCCUCUACCAGUAGGUGUCGCUAUUAGACAGUGCUGUAUGGAGAAGACAGAACUGUGAAAUCAGCAAAAAAGAAAUGCGUUGAGAAAUGUUCUGAAUUGUAUGUACAAAUAUAUUUCUAUGUCUUUAUACCAAUGUGUUAAACUGAAUAAAAUGCUUAAUAUACAGUG